UUUGUGGCUCACACAUGUAUGCUAACAUGAUAGCACUGCAGUGUCAACAAUAGACCCGCAAUGAUGGUUCUAUUAGGCCAAUUAUGAACCCCGUCUGUGUUUUAAAGUCAUUAGUAUAACCACCAGAUAAGCCGUUCAUUUCACCAGCGGUGGCUCCCUGUUUGUUUUGUUUUUUUUAUCUUCACCCACAUGAAAGACUGUUGUCUGGACAAUGAAGGUGAACAGAACCGCACAGGCCAAGAGUCAGGCUAAAUCCCAGAAGUGGAAGGAUGUCCGAGGGAAACGGUGCAGGCCAACCGUUACUUCCUCUGAACUUAACUCGACUCCAGUUCUGGCCAAGAUGUCAAGAGAGCAUCAGGCAGCUACCAAGAAAAAGCCUAAUGUUAAGAGGCUGCAAAAUAAAGCAAAGCCCGUGUCUAAUACAAAGAAAAUCAAUUCAGAGUCAGGACUGAAAAAAUCCUACAGUCAGAUCAAUGGGGGUUCAGCGUUUAACAUGGACAGUGACUCUGAUAACUCUCAGGAGUGGAAGGAGUAUUCUCAGUCUGUCGAAAGGAACGGUGUAGAGACCUCUGCUGACUGCGAGGAGGAUCGGCCAGGUAGACUAGAAGGAAAGAAUCUCCAGUAUUGUGCAGCGAGAACUAGUCAGCAGAACCAUGCAGUACUUGUCAUGCAGAACAAUCAGACGCUCUGUUUCCGUGGCCGAUGCUUUCUGACCUGUCUGUACGGUCGGGUAGAAGUGAUGGGAUUCACUAUUGAAGAAGGCCAACAGUCAUAUCCACUCUUCUCCCCAGCCUCACAUUGUCCCCUGGCUAUUACAGCACUGGAAAGCCCAGCAAAUCCCAGAGAUGACAAAGCAGCAGCUUCACCCAUCCUUCGAAAGUAUCUUUCGUCAGCAUCACAGAAAAAGUUGCUCAAAAGGGUGAGAUCUCAUUCAUCCAUCAUCCUACUGGAGCCCAUCGAGACUCCUCUCACACGGUUCCUGUCAAGCUUCUCAGAUCUCAAUGAAUUAUUCAGCCCACUGAAGAGUGAACUUAUGUUGGCUGUUCUUGACACUCCUCUCAAUGGGUUGGGUGUUAUUCCUCUGGGGGGCACUGUUGAAGGCCUGCACAUGUCCAGGUCCUGCAAAGAAGCACUUAGCACAGUGGUCAGUGCCUGCAAAGGUGCAUUGGAUGGUUGUGCUGUCAUCUUUGUGUGUGGCACCAAGAAUGUGGGCAAGUCGACGUUUAUCCGCCAACUUAUCAACACUUUGCUUAAUCAUACCACCUGUGUUGAUUAUUUGGAAGGCGACCUCGGCCAAACAGAGUUCACUCCCGCUGGCUGUCUGUCAAUGUCUGUUGUCAGAGAACCACUCCUGGGUCCACCUUUCACACACCAGAGAGCGCCAGAGCACAUGAUCUACUAUGGUCAGACGUCGUGCGAAUCUGACCUGGACCGAUACCUGGAGUCCCUGAAAACCUUGUGGCGUCGGCGUUCCCAGAGCCGAGAGACUCCCAUCGUCAUCAACACCAUGGGCUGGGUGAAAGGGUUUGGGUUCCAGCUGCUUGUCGACAUGAUGCGGAUCUUCCCAGUCACACACGUGGUGCAGCUGUGUCACAGUGGGGUCACCCAGUGUCCGGCCCUGACACCAGAGUUUCUUCGGACCGCACAAGGAUUUCAAACGCACCCGCCAGCUCAGACUGCACUGGAUGAGUUUACACAGAGCCAAAGCUCCGCCAAAAACUACACCCACCUCAUGGUACAGUCAGAGUUUCAAGGUGUAGCGCGUCAGGGAACAGCGAAACACCAGCGCAGUAAUUACCACAGAGACCUGUCCUUGUUGGCCUACCUGAGUCAGUUACAGUCUCCUGAUCCUGGACCAGUUAAAUCUCUGCACAGCCUCACUCCCUAUCAGGUGCCCCACACGGCCGUGGCUGUAGGUGCGCUCCACUGUGAGGUCGUUCCCAGUCACAUACUCUAUGCUGCCAAUGCCUCCCUGGUGGGUCUCUGCUGCCUGGGGGAGAAAAUAUCCAGCAGGGGAGGUCCGGUCUUGCUGACCCGGGCUCCCAUCUGUUCAUGUGUGGGCUUUGGCGUGCUUCGAGGCAUUGACAUGGUCCGAGGUCUGUACUUCCUGCUGCCACCUGUAGAUCCCGCCAUCCUUCGAAAGGUCAACUGUCUCCUCCUAGGGGGAAUAGUGCUGCCGUCCUGUGUCCUCACAGCACAGCCUGACUCUGAUGCCGAGAAGCCCUACAUCACCUCAGACUACAGUUUUGACCUGACCGGUGCAGGGAAGCUGCGAGUUUACAAGGGACUAAUGAGGCCCAGUCAACUGGGGAUGUGACCACGUUGUCCUUCUUCACCUUCCAGACAGACCCAGUGUUGAGACUGGAUUUUCAAUUCCUUUUCUCUCAUUUCAAGGUUUAUUCGCACAGAGCUGACCCUUCUGACCUCUGACACUGUCACAUGGACAUGAUCAUCACCCGUUGUAGAUAAAGCUCUUGUUUGUAGGUGACAUUCCUGAAGUAAACCUGCCAGACCUUAAAAAGAAUGCUACAUUUGUUCACCACGUUCUCAUUUAUUAACCAGUGUCUCUCACUGUCGUUAAAAAAAUAAAGACAUUUAUUAGUUUUGAUUCUUAAAA